AUGGGGGAGGAGGGUGCUAAGGACUCUGGGCCAGGAACAAAGUCCGAUGUCAACUUCCAAGAUCUGGAUGGUACCAGUCCUGCGGGCCAACACACACCUCAGCUUGCUAGUAAUCAUGCGAGCAAGGGGGCCGGACCAUCCAGGAACAACCAAUCCUUCAGGUCUAGUCCGCAGGCCCCCCAGUCCAGAAACUUCGAGUUUGUCCUAGUUACGGAUAACGAGUCCCGGCGUCAGGUACGCCGUCAUGCUAUGCGCCAGUAUAUGCAUCAGCGACGCUUGGACAGCAUUGCUCGCCUAGGGGCAUCUCGUAUACCUGUUGGCGGCUGGACCACCCGCCCUCCCUCCGAUUCUCAUGCUUCGGACACUUCUUCACGCGUAGAAGAAGUCCAGGAGGAAGAGCCUGCCAAUCUCAAAGCAGAGUCUCCGCCUAAAACUGAGGAACAACCUACCCCAGCGCAUUCUAGAAGACCCUCACGGUUGUUAAUACCCAAAUUACACAAAGUUAAACGCGAGGAGGAGACGUCUCCCCCAGUUACUGCGUACAAACCGUCUGACCCUCGAGCUUCUCCCGGGGAAGGAGGCAAGAUAGAUCCCUUUAGCUCUUAUCCCAUCUCCGUGGGCCGCGUGGACCAUGAAUUAAUACAGCAUUUUGUGGUAACUUAUCCUUCCAUGAUGUACAAAUUUGCGGAGUCCAUUGCGAACAAUCCAAUGAUGGAGAUAUUCCGGCAAUUCGCACUACACGACGAACUUCCUUUUCAAGCCAUGCUCGCUAUCGCCUCGAAGCAUCGCGCAGGCGUAGAUGGCAGGGUAGAAUCUGUUCAGAGCCUCACUCACAAAAUGCGAGCGCUGCGACUGAUGAAUGAGCGCAUCCAAUCAGACUCGAAGGGCCAGCAUGAUGGUACUAUCUACGCCGUGGCCACUAUGGCCGUUAUUGAGAAAUGGUCAAAGGAUGCUUCAAUAGAACGGAUGCACUUUAAGGGGCUGGCAUCGAUGGUUAGAAAUCGAGGGGGCAUGCACGGCAUGCGGGCCUCAAGCCCUUUCCUGGAGAAAGUCUUAUACUGGGUUGACUUCAGUUGCGCCCCAAAGGCGAUAUAUGGCACAUCACUACCUUGGUCCGGUAAUGUACCAGACGUUUCACCCGUUGGACUCGACUUUAUCGACCCUGAAAUUCACCUUGCCAUUCCUCAUCAUUCACCUCAUCAUUUCGCUGCGGAAGAAGGUGCAGAGAGUCUCUGCGACCAACUCCGAGCAUGUGAGGAUUUCUUGAGGUUUUUUCGCCGUCUUCAUGAGCUGGAAUACACUGCACUUGAAUCUCCUUCUAUCGUGGUAUCUGAAAAUACUCGUCAACAAAGCAAGCGCUUCGGUCCCGGCACACAGUUAUAUUCGAUUCUCACCAUGCUCCCAGAUUACGACCAUGGGAUCCGGGAUGUAAGGUUCAUUGACGAAUUCACAUGCAUGACAUGUCUCUUCUUCCUCGCUACCGCAUUGUACGACUGUUAUUUAAACUCCUCCAAUUUUGACCGGUACCUUGACUGGCUCGGCCUGGAGAUAAAAAAGCUUAACCCGUAUACGAACCCUAGCAUUACCUCCGUGCUCUGGUUUUUCCUAAACAACGGUGGCUAUCCAACAGGCCAUGCUAGCGAUGCAGGAGAGAGAUGCUGGGUCGUCUCCCGAAUGAUUCGCAUUGCCAAACGCCUCGAAUGGAAAUGCAACGGGACCAUCUGGGACCGUCUCCGGCAGGUUCUGAUAGACUUCAUACUAACACAACAAGAAUGUGCCCUUGGGACAGAUCAAGUCACCGAAGAAGCCCUAGUGGCCCGACAGCAGAAACGCCGGCGAUCGGCCGGAUAUCUCUGGAACGAGGACGAAAUGCGCGGAUAUAUUCUGGAUAUUAAUCUCGCAUCUUUCACGCCAUAUUCAGAUACAAAUGUACCCGUUCUUACAUGA